CCACUGGGCUCCCAAAUGGCAGACCAACUUUAUCACCGGACGAAGGAUUUGCAUAGAGGCACCUGCCGAGUCGCAGCGUGCGUGCCACGGACCCCGAGGCGCGUGCGAGGUGACGCACGCCACGCCGCCUGUCGGCAAACAUUUUGUUUAGACGGGACAGGGUGACUGCCGAGCUCAUCAACCAUUCACGAGCGUUUAACAAUCAGUGAACACCAAAAUAUGCAACAGAUCGUGGUGGCAACAGUUCGUACUUUAAAUAAAGUGUCUUAGGGACACCCCACCACCUCCAUCACCGCACAAACAGCAGCAGCGCGCAACAAGUAGGCGUGGCUUAACCUUCUCUCCACGUCAUUGUCAGUUGCAUCGGCAAUUAGUUUCCUAACCGAGGGGGCGUGUCUACGGAUGGCGGUGAUCUGCUUUGUGGGCCGCUCGCUCGGAGGCGGGGUCCGCCAGGUCAGGGGUAGGGUUAACCGUGGGCAACAGUAGUAGUGGUUCUUAUCACUCGAGUGUCAAUUUUCUCUACGUGGUCGUCUUGCCUGUGGCAACUCACAGCCGUGAAAGGGGUGUCCGAUGAUGAUAAGGGAGGGGGAGUAUAUAAAGCGUGAGUUAAUUUAAUUAGUUGGGGUUCCUUCAACUUCACAGCUUCAUCAAGCACUGCGAACUUAGUGACACUCAAACAAUAAGCUUUGUGCAUUGCGCCUUCGUGCCGUUGACUCUGCAACAUCAGGAUGGAAGACCUCUUGCCUUCAUCUUUGAGUCUCACGUCAGGACGUCGGGAUAUGGCGUCCCUUUUGGGCUUACCUUUGCCCCCGUCACUUCUUCUGCGGUCGGCGAUUGACCCAAGAGCCCCUCCAGUGCCACGUGACUACUUCAACAGACUGUGGAGUAGACUAUAUGACCCACUGUCGUUACGCUGCAACAGCAUUGGCGGGAGCAAACCCAAAGUGGCGACCCCUAGUGUCGUGGCGAAGAUCGAAGAGCUCAAGAGAGACAACCCGACGAUGUUUGCGUGGGAGAUUCGAGACAGACUUCUCUCUGAAGGUGUAUGCAGCCAGUCAAACGUGCCGAGCGUCAGCUCUAUCAACCGGAUAUUACGUAACAGAGCCGCCGAACGCGCAGCCUCCGAGUACGCCAAAAUGGCCUCGCAAGUUCUUCAUCCUUUUUACCGCCCUUGGCUUGCAGCGCUUCCAGUUACCGCCCCUCCUCUGCCGUUUCCUGGCACGCCCUUCUUGAAGUCGCCUCCCUUACAGAGUUCUUGCAACGCCGAAAUUACGUCUUCUUGUCCAAGCGAAGAUCACGCGAUCUCUCUCAGUGACAAGGACGUAGACACGGAUGACGAACCCAUCGGCAGCACUUGUGACCAAUAUGACGACAACCCACAGAAGCUGCGCAGGUCACGGACAACAUUCCGGGCGGAGCAGCUACAGGUGCUGGAGAAAGAGUUCGAGAAGACCCACUACCCCGGGGUGGCGGUCCGCGAGGCGCUGGCCAGCAGGACUGGACUGUCCGAGGCAAGGGUUCAGGUGUGGUUCUCUAACCGGCGGGCCAAGUGGCGGCGACAGCAGAGACUGAAGCUGUUGCACACAUCCACCCCGUUUCUCCUUCGUUACUCGCCUAUUGACCUCCACACCCCGCAGAUCCAUCCCAACUCCAUCCGGGGCUUCAUGCCCACUCCCUGCGAGCCCCCAGCCUUGCUUUCCAUGACGUCUUCCCCACUCCUUGCUCCUCCGUCACCGACGUCGGUCUUGAAGACAUCACCGACGACGAGCAACCCUCCCCUCCUCCUGCACGCUCCUCCCGUGCGGGAGACAUCACCCACUAAGGUGUCUAGCCUCUCCGGCGCCUCUUCGCAUGCACAACCAGAAGCGAAGUCGAUGGUUGUGGGCAGUAAUAAUAGUAGCAGCAGCAGCAGCAGCAGCAAGUGCUCCGCCUUCACCUCCAUCGAGAGGCUGGUAGGAGAUGGCAACCACAACCACUGCCGCGCGUCCGAGAGCCCCGUCACCCACGUACUCAUCAACAGCAGCAGAAGCGACAACGAUAGCAGUUCCAGUGAGUGUAGCGUCGAUAUAGAUGGCGACGAUUAAGACUCUUAUUUCUUCCAACUUCCCAACCUUUUUUCAAGAAUCAGAGGCACAUCGUUCUGGGAUGGGGGUAGGGGGUUGGGGCGGGAGUGGUAGAAAUCCUUCGGUUGCUGCGCUUUGAACUGGCCUCCUGCAUGAGGUUACAGUCAAUUAACGGUCUUCUACUAUGACGUAAAAAUCAGGGCCUUUUUGUGUCCUACGAUCACGUCAACAAAACAGCGAUCUUCUGCUGCGACGUCACACACCAAGACAACGUUCUUCCAAUGUCACAUCACAACAAACGUCAGCGUCCUUCUAGUGUGCGACGGCUGCUGUGGACCAAGUCUUUGCAUCAUUUAGUGGCAAACUUGAUAUUUUCGCAUCGUCUUGUAGCUUAUAUUGAAUCUUCAACACAAAGAGAAGAAAAACACGAAUCACAAGGCAAUGCAAAGACCUUAUAAAAGUUGGUCCCAACCUUAGUUGCUUUGCUGGAAAGCAUGCUCGUGAAAAUUAAACAAAACAUAACAAUCAAGCAAACAAACCCAAAUUGCUGUCUCAGGUAGGCCGCAAAACAUAAUUGCUUUCUUACUCAGAAUAUUCUUUUUUUGAACGUACAUAAAUUUGUAUUCAAAAGAGGAAAAGAAACCUGUCGCCAUUUUAUAUGAAUGUUAUAAUUAUGCCGCUAAUAUUCUUUGGUUUCCAUCCUGCCAAAUCCCGCCUAUCCUUCGUUUACACAAAAGGAAUGUACACACAUUUUCCGCUAUUUUGUGCUUCUUUCAGUGAUUGAUUGAUUGAUUGAAGUGAAUGAGUGAUAUAGACAGAGAGACAGGCAUGUAAACUGAUAAACAGGGGUUGCAAUGCUUAAUGUUGUUUUCCUCCGGCAGGACGAAUUAAAGAUUUUCUCAGUUUAUCUCACUCUCCCCAUCCAUCCUUUGUGCGUGUGUGUUAGUUCAACAUCUCCAUGCUCUUUUUUACAAACAACAAAACAAAGAGUUUACCAAAACAGUUUUAUGUAUUCUAACAGCAAUGCAUUCCUGAAUACAAGCUGAUUACAAAUACUAUAUCACACAAAUAAACUUGCACCAAAAUAGUGCACUUAUUAGUAGUGCAGCAAACCAAGUAGAUAUUAAGUUAAGCACUUCAACUUGCUUCAAAAGAAACAUCAUGGCCUUCUUAUAUCUCAGCACUCCAUCAUUGCAAAACAGGAAUAUAGGAAGCUAGACUACAGAGUGACCCUUGACACAAUAUAAAAAUAACUGUCUUUACAUUUUUCUCACUUUAAAAACUGAGAUCUUGAAAAAAUAUUCCAUUCAGAAAAUAUACGUCUUACAGAAAUUGAAAGUUUGCAAUCGAAGCAGCAGUACAAAGACUUGGCAAAACCGAUUUUUGCUGAUACAACAAAUAUAAACAUAUAAAGACAACAUCAGGCAGUCAUAAUAAUAUAACGUUUGCACGGUGUCGAAUUUUUUCUUUUCCAAAAAAAAAAAAA